CAAAACAGUCCGACUUGCAUCGGACUGGCAGCACUUAAGUUUGAUUUUUUUCUCCAUUAAAUAACCAUUUAUGUCACAUGUUAAUAAACAGCGUAGAUGUCGGACACUGGAGAGGAGUGGCAGGUUGCCCGGCGACGAAAAGGUGCAGCGAGGAAGUCAAAAUCACUCCAGGUGUCCUCAAACUCAGCAUGCAGCCAGGAGCAUCUAGACAUCGGAAAGACUGUUAAACGAAUACGAGACACAGUGUCUGAGCUAAGAUGCGAGGACUUUUGGCAAGAGUGGAAAAAGGCAGGAUCCGCAGCCCUAUUAAAACCUCCAGAGGACCCUGAGGGCCCCAGUAAAGAUGGCAGGACAUGUCAACAGCUGGAGUGUGUGUGUUAUGGCCUUGGCUCCUUUUCCUCCUGUGUCUCAGCUCGCUUCCAGCUUGCCAUGUUGCUGCUGCUGCUGGAUGCAGGACAGAUUCCCCUGAAGGACUGCUCUGUUUAUGAUCCGGCAUUCUCAUCUGGAGAGAGGGAUGUUUUGAGAGAGCUGGGUCUGACUGUACUCACAGAGAAUGAGGAGGGGAAGCGUCUGGCGACUAAGCCCACGCUCUUUUACCUGAUGCAUUGUGGGAAAGCCCUGUACAACAACCUUCUGUGGAAGAAUUGGAGUAUGGAAUGUCUUCCUCUGAUGAUGAUCAUUGGAAACGGCUUCAACGGCAUGAUGGACAGAACAGUUGAGAGAGAGUUCAAGCGGGACUACGGCUACAUUACUCAGGCAGUGUCUGUGUGUGAGGAGAGACAGCUGCCCUGUCCAUCCCGUCUGGUCGACGUCUUCAGUGACACUGCAGUCAUCACCUUUCCCACCAGCGGCCUUAACAGACUCCCACAAUCCACCUGGGCAGAGGUGCCUGAACCACAGUACCAACACUGCUCUGAUUUGGAGAUAAUUCAGAGGGAAACACAGAGCUGAUACAGGAGAAUAACAGGAAAUGGACACUUUAUGUUUUUAUAUUGUUGCUAUUCAUACAUCCAUUUUUUUUUCUAAAUAAAUGAGUCCUGUUUCAAAUUUAGGAUUG